UACGGUUUACACACAAUUGUUUUGGUUUCUUCUACCCAGUAUCGUCCUAUUUUGUGGUUAGUAUGUACUUUCCUGAGUAUUUAUUAAUGUCCUGUUCAUUUAUUGCUCGUUUGCCCCUGUCUCUCAUUGUUGUGUAUUUACACGUUAUGUAGUCCUGGGUAUCCUGCCACUGCAUUAUGUGCUGCACCAUGGUCCUGGAAAAAAUUAUCGUAGAGGAAUGACAAUAAAAACCCACCUGACAUGAUCUUUUAGAUUGUUGAGAUUAUCGCCGUCCAGCCUGAUGGAGCAUAUCCAAGGGACCUGGAAGACCCUGAGUAAUGGGUUUGGAUUCAGAGACUCAGUGUUUGAAGAUUCCAGCAUGACUCCUACUAUAACCAAAAGCUUUCCUUAUCGCAGACGCUCAUCGGAUGAUGAGAAAAUUACAAACACCUCCAAAGCAAACACGAUACGUGUUUAUCUGCCAAAUCAGCAGCGCACUGUGGUGAAUGUACGACCAGGCAUGACCCUGCACAGCUGCCUCAUCAAGGCCCUUAAAGUUCGAGGACUCCAGCCUGAGUGCUGUGCUGUGUUCAGACUCCAUCCAGAACAACCUAGAAGCAAAAAAUCUCGUAUGGACUGGAACACUGAUUCUACCUCACUCAUCGGGGAAGAGCUGCUGGUAGAAGUCUUGGAUCACGUACCGCUAACGACGCACAACUUUGUACGAAAGACGUUUCUGAAGCUGGCCUUCUGUGACAUUUGCCAGAAGUUCCUUUUACAUGGCUUCCGAUGUCAGACGUGCGGCUACAAAUUCCACGAGCACUGCAGCACCAAAGUCCCCACAAUGUGUGUUGACUGGAGCAACAUUCGACAGCUCCUUUUGUUUCCCACACCUGGAGAAAGUGGAACGCCGUCACUACCACCUCUCUCAUCUCGGAGGAUGCGAGACUCUUUAUCCCGACUUCCUGCCAGCGCUUAUCACAGACACUCUACACCUCAUGCCUUUAACUACAUUGCGCCUUUGCCACCCUCCAGUGGUUCUCUCUCCCAGAAACAGCGCUCCACGUCCACACCCAACGUCCACAUGGUCAGCAGCAGCCUGCCUGGAGGCGGGGCUUCAUGUGAGGAUGCCUCAAAAAAUCAGGACUCAGGAAGACAUCCUAAUCUCAGUCCCACAGGGUGGUCUCAGCCCAAAACUCCAGGCCCUGUUCAUAGAGAAAAGGCUUCAUCUAAUACUCAGGACAAAAACCGAAUACGGCCCAGGGAGAAGCGAGACUCCUGCUACUACUGGGAGAUUGAUGCCAGCGAGGUGGUUCUGCACUCCUGUAUUGGGUCCGGGUCAUUUGGGACGGUUUUCAAAGGGAAAUGGCAUGGUGAUGUUGCGGUGAAGAUUUUAAAGGUCAAAGAUCCUACGCCAGAGCAGUUUCAGGCCUUUCGCAAUGAGGUGGCGGUUCUGAGAAAGACUCGACAUGUCAAUAUCUUGCUAUUUAUGGGCUACAUGACCAAAGAUAACCUGGCCAUCGUGACUCAGUGGUGUGAAGGAAGCAGCCUUUAUAAACACCUGCACGUCCAGGACACCAAACUGCAGCUGUUCCAGCUGAUCGAUAUCGCCAGACAGACCGCUCAAGGCAUGGACUAUUUGCAUGCAAAGAACAUAAUCCACCGGGACAUGAAGUCAAACAACAUCUUUCUCCAUGAAGGCUUAACGGUGAAGAUCGGAGACUUCGGUUUGGCCACGGUGAAGACGAGGUGGAGCGGCUCGCAGCAAGUAGAGCAGCCUUCGGGAUCCAUUCUUUGGAUGGCUCCUGAGGUGAUCAGGAUGCAGGACAGUAAUCCCUACAGUUUCCAGUCAGACGUCUACGCCUACGGUAUCGUGCUUUAUGAGCUGAUGACCGGGGAGCUCCCGUAUUCUAUGGUUGCGAACAGAGACCAGAUCAUCUUCAUGGUAGGAAGAGGUUACUUGUCUCCAGACCUGAGCAAGCUGUAUAAGAGCUGCCCCAAAGCUAUGAAGAGACUCGUCGCCGACUGCAUUAAGAAGUCGAAAGACGACAGGCCGCUAUUCCCUCAAAUUCUGGCCUCAAUAGAGCUGCUGCAACACUCCCUGCCCAAAAUCAACCGCAGCGCGUCGGAGCCGUCGCUUCACAGAGCCGCUCACACGGACGACAUCAGCAUUUGCACUCUGACCUCCACAAGGCUCCCUGUCUUCUAAUAUGGCUGCCUGUGUUUUUUUUUCUUUCUUCUUUUUCCCAGAAGUUCCUUCUGCUAGACCUGGAGCACAUCAAUCACAUUACCGUAUUUUCAACGAUUUCUCAGAAUGAAGCACAAAGAGUAGAAAAAGCCUUUUACAGCAUUUUAUUUUGGUUCUGCCGUAAUGUAAUCAAGUCAUCAUGUUUGACUGCAUUCCUUUCACAGUAGCCGAAGGUCAGUCGAGUAAAAGGCAUGCCUGGAGAGCACUUUUUUU